GAACAGAGAGUCGAUCGAGUUUUCUUGGCUUCAUCAGUUAUAAUUGUUGUCUUCAAUUCUUUGAGAUCUCGGCGUAAAAGAUAUCUCGUGGCAUCAAGCUUUAUGGCGCAGUUUACUGUCCUUGGUCUAAUAUUGACCCUCUCAGCCGCAAACCUAGAAUGGCAUCAAAGCUUUGCAAAGAUACCCAAUAAUGUGAUAUUUUUUCACAAACCUCUUAUGGACGUGGUACUCCUCGGGGAUUCUUACAUCAUCAACUGUACAACGAACAGUUCAGAGGUGAAAACGUCGUUAAUGAAGGAUACCAAAACUAUCACAGUGAACCAAUCAAUCCCUGGACUAAACUCAAAAUAUUCAAAAGAAAGAGAUGUUUACACAAUAAGGAACUUCAAUAUGACUGACGCAGGGUUCUACCAAUGCAAAGCAAGCGACGUAAACGAAAAAAGUCUCACCUGGAGUGACACGCAGUUCUUAGUAAUGUAUGGUGUACAUGAACCAUUUAAACAAUUUUCAACUUUUCGAGACAGGAUGAAAGAUGAUGCCGUGGUUUUCCUGAAAAAGCCGUUUCUCAUCGAGGUCGUUGCGUCUGGAGACAACUUUGCCUUCGACUGUUCAACGAAUAACUCCAGCUUCACUACAACACUGCUCAAGCAGCAUAGGAAUCUAACAUGGUUUCCAGUCGAAAGCUACAGGAAACGAGUUCUGAGAAAAAGGGAUGUGUACACAAUCCUCAAUGUAACGAAGUCAGAUGGAGGUUUCUAUAAGUGUAACGCAAAUCACAAAGACGGUAACACAUCUAUUGCAUGGCCUCGUGGCUUUGGCCUACUUGUACCACACAGAAAUAAAUCGUCCUCAAUGUCCAUCUCUCCGCCCAAUACAGUAGAAAUUACAGAGGAAGAAAACAAAGACAUCACUUGUGAAAGUUCACUUGCUGUUUCGCUCAAAUGGACCAGAGUUAAGGGAGAUAUAAGCAAGCCAAUUUCAGCGAACAAGAUUAAGAAAAAAAAGGACCAUCAAAGAAAUUUAGCAAAAAGUAUACUGAUGAUACGAAACGUUGCUUUGAGUGAUGCUGGGAAAUACAACUGCGUACAGACGUACGCACGCAACCAAACAGAUGAGAUGACUGUAAUCUUAUAUGUUAAGGAAAAAAAUGUUGAGCUGCAAAUAUCGUGUGAUAAGGACAAAGUCAAAAAACAACCGCCGCACGCUGGCGAUAGUGUCAAGCUUGAAUGCUAUGUCAAAGGACAUCCAAAGCCCAACAUGACAUGCUAUAAAGAGAGUAAAAAUAUCUCUUUUCCGGAUCCACAACAAUGCAAGGACUGCAAACAGACAAUGGAAAUCAAAAACUCUACCGAUAAGGACAGUUAUGUACUCCAUGUUGCCAUGAAAGAACUGGAUUACCCCGAAGACAACGGGAMGUAUCAUUGUAGAGCUUUUUUAGAAGGRAAAAGUGUACAAGCGCAAAUCGACAUCAACAUACAAGACGUUCGCUUGGGAGGCAUUAUUAACAACAAGUACAGCCAGUACGGUAGAGUAGAAGUCUACUACAAUGGCACAUGGGGCACCAUGUGUUACGAUGGUUGGGACCGUCAAGACGCUCAAAUCAUUUGUCGAAUGCUAGGCUAUGGUACUGUAGCAAUCAUAAAUCGUGAUGAAAGCAUAAAAAACCCUGAAAAGAUCAUCUGGAUGAGUAACACACAAUGUAAUGGCACUGAGCAAUCGAUUAAACAAUGUCGGUUCAAAUGGGGUGAUAAAUGCAAAGACAAUGAUGGCGUCAUCGUGCAUUGUAAAACGGUGAAAACAGAACCAACUACAGUAGCCAUUCAAGCUCCUGAUACUCAAUCUACAGCUCAAACCACAGACACAGAAACUACUGUGKUUCAGUCGACACGUUCUGUACUAUCAUUGCCAACCUAUGCCAUAGCAGCCAUAGCCAUUGCUUSUAGUGUGUUUGUUAUUCUAUUGCUCAUUUCUGUGUUUCGCAAGUUACAAGCGAGAAAAAAUCAACCGUGUGAUGAUUCCGACGCUUGGGAAAUAAGCUUAAGCCAAAUCGAAUUCAUGGACCAACUGGGAAGAGGAGCCUUUGGUAAUGUCUAUAAAGGUGCGAUCGAGAAGGACGUUGUUGAUAGAAAAUACGUGACCAAAAACUACACCAACAUGAAGAACGAUGAUCCCUAUUGUAAACUGAAAGAUGCAGAAAACGCGUCUGACGAAGCCGAAAACGAGACAUUUGAAGAAUUGAUGAAGGAUUUGAUUCGCUACUCAUGGCAGAUAGCACUUGGCAUGGAAUACCUGGCAUCAAAAGGAAUCGUCCAUCGUGAUCUGGCCGCUCGUAAUAUCCUGAUAGGUGAAAAUUACUUGAUAAAAGUCGCAGAUUUUGGACUUUCUCGUAACAUGUCAUACAGCCACAUCUACAAAGCGCAAACCACUCUCAAGCUGCCGUUGAAAUGGAUGUCUCCUGAAGCAAUAUUUGACCAGACAUUCACCGUGAAAAGUGACGUGUGGUCAUACGGUGUGGUUCUCUGGGAGAUCUUCUCCAUGGGCAUGGCACCGUAUCCUUCCAUGACCAACGCGGCAGUUCUGCGUAAGCUGAGAGCUGGAUAUCGUAUGAAGAAGCCUGAUCUUUGCCCUGACGACAUAUACUCAGUGAUGAGGAGCUGUUGGGAGGAACAACCUAGUGCUCGCCCUACAUUCAAAGACAUCAUCGAAACUCUCGAAAUUACCAUGACACGAGAAAACCCUUACUUUGAAUUACUUGAGACCACUCAAGCUGGCAAAGACUACGAAAUCCCCAAAUUAGACGUCAAUGUCACAGAUGAAUCGACAGACGAAGAAAAAGAAACCGAAUUCUAAAAUGAAAUAAUACGCCCGAGGGGGAGGGGGUUGUGAGUAAUUGCUCGUCGUUUGAUGAAAAUAACCAAUUUGGUAUAUUUGUAGGAUUUCAAAUUUAACUUUAGGAAAUACGAGUAGUAAUUGUAAUCUUUUAAGCAGUCAGAAAAAUAUAUAGGAAAAUUAACCAGUGCAAUAAGCGUCUUAAUACAUGACAUUUAGAGCAAUUAAUAGUAUUUAAUAAUCGUUUUGUUACGCCCUUUUGGGAUAACUUUUGGUAUCUUUAGGGGUAUUUCGGAAAAUCUCCGACGAGCACACUCGCAAGUUACUCUCCACCCACCGAGGAUAAACCGUCGUUUGAACACAAUGAUUCUAAUUGUUAAAACUAUGAUUUCGGUGUUGUGAAGCUACAUGCAACUGUAAGACGCUAAGUUAUAAGGACGGUCACAAGUCUUAUUGCUCAAGUAAGUAAUUUAAAGUUCAUAAUUCACAAAUUAUAUUCUUAUUUAGCUUUGGGAAAAUGGAUAGGAAAACCGCUUUAUCUACUGCAUGAUGCGUAGAAAUUUUCACAUGAUAAAUUGUCUCUUCUUUGCUUUAUUCGUUUUUGUGACGAAAGGCCUUAUGGGACCUCUCGUCACUAUAUCAUCGUGUCGAGUGACGAAACGUAACCAUCCACUUGUAGCAGGCGUUCCUUGCGAGUCCAUGAUAUGUUUUUAAACUUAAACGUUGAAAAGAGAAAAUCAUCUAGAGAAAAACAAACGAAGUAACAACA